ACAGCAAACAGCUGUGAGCUGUGUUUUGUGAAUCAAGUUGGCAGCACUAACAUCGUAAAUUGAACAAACUGCAAAACAUAAACAAUAAAAUGCAAGAAUUUAGUGCAAAACGUGAUGCACUCUUUGCCUGCCUAGAUGAUGCAAGCAAGGAACUGAAGGGCACAGCUCUCGACCAGAGUCGAGCCAAGCCAUACACUAUAAAAGGCAGUAAACAGGUGAUGCACUAUCGUCAGGGACGCAGCAUUGAACAGGGCAACGACGGCAGUGAUGAUGAUGAGAGUUUGCGUCGCCUCGUCGGCAAGGAGAGCAUUUUCAAGAAGCCCGAGAUGCCGCUGGCACGUUGCUUGAAGCCGCGCAAGACACCCGACUACCAGGUGAAUCCGCACAAGUGGAAGAAAUACUCGCUCUCUGAUGUCGACAUCUCGGAUCAAACCAACUCGGCAGCAGCUUUAUCCUUUCUGCGGGAAAUGGAUGCACAGCGUGAUCGCGAAGCAGCGGAGGAAGAUGACAGAGACAACGAGGCGGGAAAGGGUCACAAAAUUGAGUUCAAGAAGAAGAGCAAGUUGAAUCGCAACCUCAAGCAGUUGAAAGAAACUGAAGUGGAAGAUGUGGAGAUGGACAAGCCACAACUGCGCGGCUCCAAGGUGCUGAUGCCCGAGUAUGUAAUUGGACAAAAGACUAGCAAAAAGUCCAAAAAACCACAGAGCAGCAGCCAAAAUCGCGCAGCGGGCAAAUUGCAAUUAUCGCAUCUAGAAGAGAUUGAUGAAGAUGAUGAGUAAACGACAGUUUAGUUAAGCAGCUAAUUUAAGUCACUAAUCGUAGUUCAUAUUUUAAAAAAGUUUAUUGUACAAAGCAUAGUUUGUAUGUAUAAAAUAUAUAUGUAU